AUUCCCCUGGAUCACGUCGGCGUGGCCACAUACACAAUCCGCGAGAAAGACUGAGCAACAGCGAACGAACAACAGCCCGAGAGAGAAGGAUCCACCCGGAGUAAGAUUCUCGUCCCUCGCUUGAGCUAUCCGAAUAGCAUUGUCCCUGGUUCGAGGCGUAUACAACAUUGGAACGAUAUGCACCUGCAAUAGUUCUGGCCUCUGCCGAUCGAUCCUUCUACUCCUACGAGACGUAUCCGAGUGUACACUUCUCCAACCGAUCAGCCUUUCCGCCGAACGACGAAAGUCCAAGUAAGCAGGAGCUACGGCAGACGCGCGUAAUACCAAGAACCAGCAGAAGAGCAGUAAGAGAAGUGAUCGGAGGUUUGUGAGAGACAACAAUACACAAAGAUGGAUGCUCGCAUUGAAGGAACCGCUGUGCCUCAGAUCGAGGCUGUAAGCCCGCUGGCGCAACCCAACCCGUCUUCAAAGCAACACCAACAACAACCAGAGCUAAGACCCAAUGUCCGUUCAAUGCCGGGCUCACCAUCGCGGCUUCCACAUUCAGCUAUUGGAGUCUCGCCUUCGCGAUUGAGGUCCAGCUCACCUCGACAUAGUCCCGGCACCUCUGAGAUCUUCGAGCGCAACGUUCAGGAACCAGUCGCUAUCAGCAACCUCCAGGGCGAUUUUGACCAAACGCAUAUACCAGCCCACGUUAUCACUGAGGAUUCGAUCCCACCGGCACUAGAAGCUUCGGUACAAGCAAUCACCAGCGAGUCGCUCAAUCCAGACGAUGUCGAGAUCGUUACAUCGUCCUCCCAUCAGCCAGCGGCGAUCGGCAUCGAUAGCUCCAUCAGCCACAACGAUUUUGCCCAGCUACACGCGCCUCCGCUCCACCACCACAAGUCCGAGGAAUCAGAGUCAACCUCAUUACACGCGUCUGGCUUCCUUCCCGGACUAGACGACGACACUGCCAGCAAUUAUGGCCAACUCGACCCGAACGACGUUCGCCGACUAAGCUUCAUCUCCUUCCAAGACGUCGUCAAAAGCGAGCACCAUCACAUUGCCUCACCACUGGGUGACAUCGGAAGCCGCGAGAGUUUACCCAUCGGCGGCGUGCUCCCACCUGCCUCACUCUCGGACCGCGCUGCAUCUCCUCUCCAGUCUCCUCGCUCUCCCACAUCUAUCAAUAGCCAAAGCGUCAGCGGCGGUGGUGUCACGACACCCCCACCUGGCGUCAACGUCACAAAUCCAUUGGGUGCCAGCGCCG